UUGUGGCUUCUACACUCGAAUGAAAUGUCAGACGAAGUGGUGUAGAUGGCAACAGAGACAAAUAAUAUGAAAGAAGUUACAGGACCGAUAUUGCAUGUUAUAGUUGUUGGAUUUCAUCACAAGAAAGGAUGCCAGGUCGAGUACUCCUUCCCACCAUUGAUAGAAGGCUCACCUCCAGACUCUUCCACGUGUCCCCCAGGCUGGAAGUACUUGCCCACUCUGGCACUGCCAGAUGGCUCCCACAAUUUUGAUGAGGACACGGUGUACUUUCAUCUCCCCAGUCUCACCAAUCCGAAGGAGACUGUCUACGGAAUAUCCUGCUUCAGGCAGAUUCCUGUCGAGAGGCUAAAAGCUCGCACAUCGGACAUCACUCGCGGAACCGUACAGAAGUCGGUCUGUGUUCUGAGCCAGCUGCCAUUGUUUGGGCACAUCCAGGUGAAAAUGGCUCUGAUCACACACGCUUACUUUGCGGAAGGGGAUUUCAGCAAAGUGUCGCUGCUGCAUGACACCUACCACCACCUGAAUGGGUGUCUUGCAACCACUCCACCACUUACCACCAAUCCUCCUCCACCGCAGCUUUUUGUGGGCCUGUCGGCGCGAGACCUGGUGCUGCAGUUCCGGCACAAGGCGCUGCUCCUGUUCAAACUCCUGCUACUGGAGCGCCGCAUCGUCUUCUACCGCUCCCCCGUGCAGCCGCUUUGCACCGCCAUCCUGUCGCUGCUCUCUCUGCACCCUGGCAUGCUGGAGGCGGGGCUCUCGGAGUCUGCCUGUGUCAGGCCAUCGAGACCGAUGUCUCCAAUUCCAGAUUUCUGUGAAGAUGGCGACAGUGUAGAAGAAUUGUUAGCACAAAACGGAGCUCACUUACAGACUCCAGGCGAGGAAGCUAGUUCAGGUUCCUCAACAGUAGCGGGCACUCCCAAGGAGGAGUGCGACAGGGUCUCACCGUGCACAGAGGAGACCCCUGCAGAGGUGGAUGAGAAUGAGAACAGCCAGAACAGCACGUGGUACGACAGGGAGGGUGAUGCAAAGCUGCCCGUGUCGGACAGUCUGAGCAGCCUGCUGCUGCAGAGGGACCAGGCAGGCAUCCAGGGCAACACGGCGCACAUCGACCAGACGGGUGCUGGUAACGUCGCCGCUGCAGCACACGUCGACUCCCGUCUCUGCGGUGCACCCCUGCCCGUGUUUACACAGGGUUACUUGUGCCACCCUUACUUGUCUUUGCCGUAUCUGGACCUUCUGAGUGACGUAAAUGUACGGGGAUAUGUGGUGGGUGCCACCAAUGUUCUUUUCAAGCAGAAGAAGCAGCUUGCCGACGUUCUCGUGGAGGUAGAGAGUGCAAAAGUAGAAACGCAGGAACCUGAACUGAGGCGGCUCCUGCACCUGACGACAGAAGACCUGCGGUUUGCGGAUUAUGUUGUGCGACAAGUGUCAGAGGAUCGGCACGAUGUCUUCCUCGAUGGUGUCGGGUGGGAGGGGGGUGACGAGUGGAUACGGGCACAGUUCCGUGCCUACCUACUUUGCCUUCUGCGCACGUCUCUCUUGCAGGAUGGAAGCCGGGAAAUUGAACAUUUUAAUGCAAGUUUCAUGUCAGCAUGGAAAGAUACGCACAAUUAUAAAAUGUGGGUCAGUUCUGACCAUUCUGCUAUAUGGGAUGUGAACCCAGGCCAUCCGUUUGCUGGACAACUUUCAGUUUCGGACAUGAAGCUAAGGCUGUCACACACAAUGCAGAACACGGAAGGAGGUCGUAAACUGAAUCAAGCAAUGGCAUCCACUGGGCGCGCUGUGGCGACGACUGGCAGAGCAGUUGGAGGCGCCCUGUCCCAAGCGCGAGGCGCUCUCUCCAGCUGGUGGAGCACACUGACAACUGCCCCUCCGGGUGGCAGCACAGCAGCCAGCUCUGCCUCUGAUGAAGGCGAGGGGACCUGUGAGGGCAGCACAGGUGCCGUCGACGAGGCUGCAGAUGCCCUGCAGACACCCGGUUCAGCGACUGACAUGCACAGGUCGCCCACGGUGGAGCAGCCGGCGCCCUCCACCACCGCUGUUAACUAGUGCCAUGGCUGAGGCACUCUUGAAUCUGAAAAUGGAUGGCCAUUGUGCUAUAAAAUGAGUUUUCUUAACUCGGUUAAAUGUCUGUGAUUAUAAUUUAAGCAAAAACUACAAUGAACUAUUCUCCCUGUGUACUUAGUUAAUUGUGGCUCUAUUAUUAUCAAGUUAGGUAGUGUCUGUAAUGAUUGUUUCAUAUAUUUGUUGCACUGAUUUUUAUGGAGUAUGAACUUAAUAGUGUUCUGGGCUUUAAGUACACACUGUGGUGCUGUUUAGAAGAGUGGACACACUCCGUAUGAUGAAGUGGGGCUUAGAGUGUGUGUGUGUGUGUGUGUGUAUGUAGACAGAGAAUGCAUAACGGUGACUUGAAAGAAUACUUGUAUGCAGGAUCUCAUGUGUGGAAUGUCAAAAGUAUUAGUACUGAAAGGCAGAUGACUUUUUUUUUUCUUAUUCAUUUUCUUUCAUUGGGUUAUGAGUGGCAGUGCUGUUGUUCGUCUGCACAAAUAAUU